GGAGCGACCUGGGCCUGCUGGUGUUCAGGUAACACGUACGCGUCUUCCAGGGUUGGAGGGGCUAUAAAACCUCCCUCAAAGUCUCAGAGUCGGCUAGCAAACCCCCACGACACGAAGAGCCCCUGUGACGUUGGUUUUCCCUGCAAAUUCUGCCGCUUUGACUUUGCACCUCGCCAGAGCCGCCUUUAACCCUUGUUUCGGCGUUGUAUUUGCUCUGGGGAUCCCCAGCCCGGAGAGGGAUGGGGGUGCAAACGGGAGUGACCUCCCUGAGCACACCGUGACUCUCCCCCCCGUACACCUUUGGCCACCAGGCGGGUGCAACCGCUGGCACUCAACCUCCACGGGCCCGGAGACUUCCUUCCCCGGACGCGGGCGGACUUGCACGGUCCCCUACGCGAGGACCAGUGAGCGCACUGUCUCCGCAGGAAGGGGCGGGCUUUGCUGUAGCCCCACGUUGCCAUAGCGACCCUGGCCGCGGCCCUGGCCGCUGGAGCGCGCGCUUUGCACUGCUCAGAGACACUAGGCUGCGAUCCCUCGGUUCCUGCUUGAGGACUCCGGAUCCAGGCUCCGCUCGGCAGCACCCUCAGGCCCUGAAGAGGCAGCCAGCAUGCCCAUCUCCAAGUACCCACGGAAGACAGAGCCCCUGUGGAAGGCAUGGGACCAAAAGGCCCAGAAGAACGGACUGAGACACCAGGUGUACAGUGUCGGUGGUGACUGCUACGUGGGCGAGUGGAAGGACAACAUGAAACAUGGGAAAGGGACACAGAUCUGGAAGAAGACAGGGGCCAUCUACGAGGGGGACUGGAAGUCCGGGAAGCGAAAUGGCUAUGGCACCCUCAGCCUUCCGGACCCGGAGACAGGGAAGAACCGGAGAGUGUACUCGGGCUGGUGGAGAGACGGUAAGAAAACGGGCUAUGGGAUCCAUUUUUAUGGACCCAAAGAGUAUUACGAAGGUGAGUGGUGUUGCAACCAGCGCUGCGGGUGGGGCCGCAUGUACUACAGCGAUGGUGACAUUUACGAAGGCCAAUGGUGGAACGACAAGCCGGAAGGGGAGGGCAUGUUACGCCAGAAGAAUGGGAACCGCUACGAGGGCCACUGGCAGGGAGGCUUGAAAAACGGGCCGGGGCGUUUCUUCCACCUGAACCACGGUCAGCUGUUUGAAGGCUUCUGGGUGGACGACGUGGCCAAGUGUGGCACAAUGAUCGACUUUGGCCGAGAAGAGGCCCCCGAGCCCACCCAGUUCCCCAUUCCUCAGGUCGAGAUCCUAGACCCCGACGGAGUGCUGGAGGAAGCCUUGGCCGUGCUCAAGAAGGCGAAGGAAAAACAAGGAGACUGAUGCCAGGUUUCCUCUCCUCUAAUAGGGGACAAUAACGGUAUUUACGGCCCAGUGUUGUUGUGGUUACUGGGAGGAUCAAACACGACACCCUUCCCCGGGGGCAUUCGGUUUGCUGGCUGCAAUGUAAACACGCCACCAAAGAAUGAUUCAGCCGGCUCUCCACAGUGGAAACCCGAAAUACCAGGAGGUACUAAGGCGGCGCCGCCGAGCACCUGGUGCAUAAUAAAGGGCCCAUAAAUACUGACACUGUCAGGUUCUGCCUCUAAACUGUAACAGCGUGGCCUGACACCAGGAAGCUGAGCCUGGCCUCCUCGGGACACGGAAUUAACCAGGCGGACCCAGAGUGCUCACUCGGGUGCCAGGUGCUGUGCUGACAGCUUUGCGUGUGUCCUGCCCCUGACCCUCAGCAACCUGUGAUGUUCUGCUAUCACUUGUCCCGCUUUAGAGGAGGAGACGGAGGCCUAGGGACGUCCACAAGUCGCCACCUGGAAAGUGACUGUAGUCACAGGCACACUUAUCUGCAGUUCCAGUCCAGAACCGUGUGCACAGGGC